GUCUUAUCUGGCUUGGUAUUUUGUGAGUAAAAGACAAUGCUAAAUUCAGUGUUAUUCCUGGUUCUUUUAGCAGGAAUGUCUAUUUUGGAAGUAGCAGGAUUUAUUGUUUCAGGAUGCUACUCUGAUAAUAAUUGUCGCUGUGGUAUCAGUCAAACGCCUUACUGUUCUCUUGGAAGCUGUCAUUGUAGAGAACAUUCAGGGUGCCAUAAACAUUCAGAUUGUCAUUCACAUCACUGUACUACCAGCCAGAGGCCAUUUUGUUCACAAGAACAAUGCCAUUGUAGAGAAUGUAAUGAAAACUCCCAAUGUGGACAUCAAUGUGGUAUUAACCAGAGGCCACACUGUUCCGAUGAUGGACACUGCCACUGUGUAGAGUGUCUUAACCAUACGGAGUGUUCUCAACAUUGUAAUGCCUAUCAAUCCUUUUAUUGUUCACUUGGAAGCUGCCAUUGUGGAGAUAUCGACUGUGAACACAAUUCGGAAUGUAAUCAUCAUUGCAGAACCAGCGAAAGAUCUACGUGUUUACAUGGAAGAUGCAGCUGUAUAGAUUCAGGGUGUAUUGACAUCGACUGUUCUCACCAUUGUAAUGCCUAUCAACCCUUUUAUUGUGCACGUGGUAGCUGCCAUUGUGGAGAUAUCGACUGUCAACACAAUUCGGAUUGUAAUCAUCAUUGCAGAGCCAGCGAAAAAUCUAUGUGUUUACAUGGAAGAUGCAGCUGUAUAGAAACAACUACAACAACGACAUCGACCCCAACAACAACAACUACUAAAGCACCAACAACUACCCGUGAAUUUACCACAGUAGAUUCACAAGUUUUAUUGAAGUGUAGGACUCACACGGAGUGUAGUAGUCAUGUUUGUCCGGCUGGUAAACACCCAUACUGUAGCUUUAGUCAGCGUUCAACGGAUUGCCAGUGUACUGUUUGCACAGAUGACAGUCAUUGUUUUUGUCCCUCGGGACUAGUGGGAAAAUGCUAUUUUAACAUUUUCGACCGCAGCUAUUCCUGUGUCUGUGGAAUUGCUAUGGAAACAACAGCAACAGUAUUAACAACAAAGAGAACUACGACAACAGCAACGCACCAAACGUCUGGUAAACCUUGCCCAUUCUGUGACACAGAUCUGAAUUGUGUAUGGAACCAGACUUGCUCCGACAGUGAGACGUGUAUGGUUAGAGCUGUAUUGGAACAAGGGUUUAAGUUCUCAGUCCACUGUAUUAUGAGUUCAGAUUGCCAAUUAAUGUCCACCAAAUUCGGGGAAAUCUUCUGCUGUGACGAUCGAGGUUGUCUAGAGCGUUACCUUCCUGGAGUAUAAUUUUUAUAAACAUUGCUGUACCGCUUGAAAUAAACCACAUUUCUUAAUAGGGCAUGGUCACGAUUUUGGUCAAAAAUUAUUUUUCCGAUUUUGAUAUUUACAAUGCUUCAGAGAGGCAUUUUUAAUAGGCAACUGAAAUUUGAGUGUCAUUUGUUGAGUUAUAAGCGAGCUACAGAGCAAUGUAAACAAAGCGUUUGUUUACAUUUUGAACGUUAAAGUAAAAAUUACAAUUUUAAACCUAAAACGAAUGUAUUAAACGUUAGGAACUUGUUAUCUAUGCUUAAUAUAAAUAAAAAGAUAGACAAAUAGGUGAAAAAAGAUUUUUUACUGGUACAUUGAACCUAUGUAAACAAAAACAGGGCACGAGCCUUGUUUACAUGACAAAGAGUUGUGAGCCCUGUAUCUGGCUUAUUACGUACACUCUACGAGUGACUCUCAAAUUUUAUUUUAUAAUUAGAAAUGCAUUUCUAAAGCAUUGUCAAUAAUAAAAACAUAGAUAUAGAAUUUGACCAAAACCGUUACCAUUCCCCUUUAAAGUAUUAAAAACUU